AUGUCAUCUGUACCCGCACAAAGUUGUACCAUCUCACAAGUCAACCCACAGACUACCAAUAGUAGUCGGGAUGGCAGUAAAACUCGUAGUAUACGAUCGACUCAAACCGGGUCGAGCCACUCAUCUGCCACCGUUAGGGCCCAAAAGGCCGCUGCAGAGGCAAUGGCCUUACGUCGUCGUCUAGAGCGUGAGUUGGAUUUUGCUGCACGGGAACAGAAGCGUGAAGAACAACGUGAGCGUGAAGAACAACAGCGUAAGCGUGAACGACAACUGUCGACUCUACAGGAAGAGGUUGAAAAUAGUGAACUACGAGCCGAGUUAGCAGCUAUUGAAGCCUACGACAGCUAUCACGGAAGUCUUGCAAGUCAUCACAAUUGA